AUGACCCAUUUACAGGCUGGACUCAGCCCAGAGACUAUAGAGAAAGCGCGCCUGGAAUUGAAUGAAAACCCAGACGUUUUACACCAGGAUAUCCAGCAAGUCAGAGACAUGAUCAUCACCAGGCCUGACAUCGGAUUCUUACGCACAGAUGAUGCCUUCAUCCUGAGGUUUCUCCGAGCCAGGAAGUUUCACCAAGCAGAUGCCUUCAGACUCCUGGCCCAGUACUUCCAGUACCGCCAGCUAAACUUGGACAUGUUCAAAAACUUCAAGGCCGAUGAUCCUGGCAUUAAGAGGGCUCUCAUCGAUGGGUUCCCUGGAGUGUUGGAAAACCGUGAUCACUACGGCAGGAAGAUUCUUCUGCUGUUCGCAGCCAAUUGGGAUCAGAGUAGGAACUCCUUCACAGACAUCCUCCGGGCCAUCCUGCUGUCACUGGAAGUCCUUAUUGAAGAUCCGGAGCUUCAGAUAAAUGGUUUCAUUUUAAUUAUAGACUGGAGUAAUUUCUCCUUCAAACAAGCCUCCAAACUGACACCUUCCAUCCUCAAACUAGCCAUCGAAGGGCUGCAGGACAGCUUUCCUGCCCGCUUUGGAGGAGUCCAUUUUGUCAACCAGCCCUGGUACAUUCAUGCCCUGUACACGCUCAUCAAGCCAUUCCUUAAAGACAAGACCAGGAAACGGAUUUUCCUGCAUGGAAACAACUUAAACAGCCUCCACCAGCUAAUACACCCCGAAUUUUUGCCAUCUGAAUUUGGAGGCACCCUUCCUCCUUAUGACAUGGGAACAUGGGCCCGGACGUUGCUCGGUCCUGACUACAGUGAUGAAAAUGACUACACUCACACUUCCUAUAAUGCAAUGCAUGUGAAACACACAUCCUCCAAUCUGGAGAGAGAGUGCUCACCCAAGCCAAUGAAGAGAUCUCAGUCUGUGGUAGAAGCUGGGACCCUGAAACAUGAGGACAAGGGAGAGAAUGAGAAUACCCAGCCACUCCUGGCUCUCGACUGA